UAUCACUAAUAGGGGGUGGGGCAGCCAUGCCCAUCCCCAGGGCUGGGGAGUCCCCGCAGGGGAGCGGGGCCCGCCGGGCGCUGGGCUCCUCUGCCCUCCCUCUGCCUGCCCGCCGCCUCGCCAGCCCCCGCGCCCCGCUUCUCCCCCCUCCUUCCCCGGCUGUGGCAAAUCCUGCACUGCAAGAUACCCGCUGGGCAUAGGGAGGGGAUCUCUCUGUUGUUGUGUUUUUUUCCUCCUUCCCACUCCCCCCCCCUCCUCUCCGUCUCCCUACCCUCCACUUGAGACCUGAGGAAAUCCAGCCCAAGUUCUCCGCGAUGACUGUGCUGCUGGCAUCGGGGUUUCUCCACGGCAUCCCUGCCUCCGGAGCGCCGCGCCGCUGCUCGCUCUGAAUCCUCGGCGCCGGGUGAAAGCUUAAUUCUCAUGCCGUGGUUGCUGGGCUGCUGCUUUCCUGCGUUUUGCGAUGGGAGGUGGAGGAGAAGGGAUUGUCCAUGAGUCAACGCUGAAAAUGUGAUUAGGAGGAACUGCUUUCACUAAUUUUUGUCUAACCUUUUAGUCCAUGUUGGCCUGUGACCCCUCGCGGCUUUCAGACCGAGCCUGAUUAGACCACAACACUGGUCUCCUUAUGGAAGCAGCUGUUUCUAUCCGGCCGUGAGAUCCCAUGGAGAAGCUGAGGAGGGGGAUGGCUCUUCAUAUCCAUGAAGCCUGGAUACUGCUGUUUGUAAUCCCUGGCUUGGUCACGCCGGCUGCCAUCAACCACGAAGAUUACCCCGCCGAUGAAGGGGACCAGACCUCCAGCAAUGACAAUCUGAUCUUUGAUGACUACCGAGGGAAGGGUUGCGUGGAUGACAGUGGCUUUGUGUACAAACUGGGAGAACGCUUUUUCCCGGGGCAUUCCAACUGUCCCUGCGUUUGUACUGAGGAUGGACCUGUUUGCGAUCAACCCGAAUGCCCUAAAAUCCACCCAAAGUGUACAAAAGUGGAACACAAUGGAUGCUGUCCAGAAUGCAAGGAAGUGAAAAACUUUUGUGAAUAUCAUGGAAAAAAUUACAAAAUAUUGGAGGAAUUUAAGCCCUCGCCAUGCGAAUGGUGUCGCUGCGAGCCCAGCAAUGAAGUUCACUGUGUUGUAGCAGACUGCGCAGUUCCCGAGUGUGUCAACCCAGUCUAUGAACCAGAGCAGUGUUGUCCGGUCUGCAAAAAUGGUCCCAACUGCUUCGCAGGAACCACCAUCAUCCCCGCGGGCAUCGAGGUGAAGGUGGACGACUGCAACAUCUGCCACUGCCACAACGGGGACUGGUGGAAGCCGGCGCAGUGCUCCAAGCGCGAGUGCCAGGGCAAGCAGGCUCUGUAGCUGCAGAACCCCUCACUGCCACCUCGAGCACGGCUCCAACGCGUCCCAGCUCCUCCAGCUGCUGCAGGGUCACCACCGAGGCCACCGGGCACUCCUGGAGGGACAGGGUUUCCCUCCCUGCCCCUCACGCUUUCGGCCCCACGUACCCAGCACCUACGUAGCUGCUCUGCUUUCGUGAUUAUCGGCGCUCAGGAGAGAUUCCGUGGUGAGAUGUGGAGAGGGAAAAGGAGAGGAAAUGCAACGUCCUGCGCCAAGCUCUUGGACUGGCGAUGGCUGCGAGGCGCCGCUUCGCUCACCGCUCUCACUUCCGACGGCGCGGAUCGCGGUUUUCCACAGUCAUUUCUUUUGCUGUUGUGAUUUAUUUAUGAUAACUUUUUUAAGCCCAAGCUGGGACGGUCGGGGCAAUACAGCUAUGAGCGAAGCAGCGGGCGGUCUCCGUGGUGUCUGUGGGGGGGCACUAAGGACAGGAGGGGGCAUGGGCUGAGCCCAACGCUGGGUCCGUGCUGACCUUCCCCACCGCGUGGGGACAGCGAUGCUGAGGGUGCCAACGUGGGCACCAUGAGUUUGUGUCCUCGCGAGGACAUCGAGAGCACGGCGUCUUAGCCAGGUCAGAGAGCAGUGGUGUUUCCCCGCAGCUCCUUUGCUGGGGGCCGGCUGCUCUCCGUCUGAUUCACUACUACUGUGCCAGUCACCGCUCACACUUAGUUUGCUGCUUUUUGCCCGUUGCCAUUAGGACGAGGGUGGUUAUUUCAGUCAGCCUUCAGCCCAGCACACCUGCUCUUAGCAGUGACGAUGGCAAAUCCAACCAGCACAUGCAUUGAGGCGGUCUCGGUUGGUGCACAGCUGCCUUGGUAUUUUCAUUUCUUCCCCAUUUUGCGUUUCAACAGAGGGCAGAUCCUUAGCUGGGGUGGGACGAGCACUGGCGCAGCCGCUGCUGUGCUUGGGCUGAGGAUGUGCUCCCUGCUGGCACCACAAACAAAGCCAUUGUCACCUUGGUUUGUCAGCUGCUCUCUGCCAAUAUGACCAUCCAUCCCUUUUCAAAGUUUUCAAACAAUAGCGUGCCUGAAACUAGUGAGGGAAAAACAAACAA